AUGUUGAAAAAAAAGAACAGAUCUACUGUUGACAAUAUUGACUAUACACAAGCACCAACGGAGGAUCAUGAAUUAUUAGAAUUAUCAAAACAAAGUUCGGAGAAUGGGGAUGAUUCAGAAUUUGGUCUAAGAAAUCGUUCAAGUAUUGGUGAAGUUGGUGACGAUGAAUUUUUAUUAAGUGAAUCCAAGUUGUCACUACCUUCUGUUCAAGAAGAUUCACCGAUCCCUCUGGUCUCGGCGGCAGUCAGUCUUAAAGAUGAUCCAUCACUACCUUGUCUUACUUUUAGAUUUUGGAUAUUAAGUACCUUAUUCACAGUACUUGGUGCCGCUGUUUCCGAAUUUUAUUAUUUUCGUUCUAAUGGUGGUGGAUAUUCAAUAUUUUUUGUAUUAUUGGUUUCUUACGUUUUUGGAAAUUGGAUGGCUAAAUAUUUACCAAAUGAUGAAAUAAAAUUUUAUAAAUGGAGGCUUACUUUGAAUUCUGGACCAUUUAACAUUAAGGAACACGUUCUUAUAGCUGUGGCAGCGGGUGCUGGUGGUGGUUCUGCAUAUGGCACGGAUAUUAUUGCUAUACAAGAAUUAUUUUAUAAUCAACAUUCGGGUUUCGUUAUUGGCAUGCUUUUACUUUUGAGUACUCAGAUGAUCGGUUUUGGAUUGGCAGGAUUUUUAAGAAAAUAUCUUGUUCGUCCGGCUAAUAUGUUGUGGCCAUCGAAUUUAGUAUUUUCUAGUCUUUUCUCUACACUUCAUGGAAAUGUUUCGGACACCAAUGAUAAAUUAAAGUUUUUCACAUUUUCAUUUAUUUCCGUAUUUAUAUGGCAAUUUUUUCCACAAUUCAUAUGUACCUGGUUAACUAGUAUGGCAUUAUUAUGCUUAAUAAAACCAUUUGACAAGAAUAUAGUAAGAUUAGGAAGUGGAUAUAAUGGUUUAGGUAUAUUAAAUAUUUCAUUAGAUUGGAAUGCGAUUGGACAACAAGACAAGAAUGGUGAACGAUAUAAUCAGACAGCAAUUAUAGAUUCAAAUACCGGGAUGUUAAAUGAAACAGCUUAUCAAGAAUAUGGACCAGUAUAUCUGAGUGUAACAUUUGCUAUCGGAUAUUUUUAUUCAUUUAUUUCCUUCACCGCGGCAAUUACACAUGUAAUUCUUUUUUACGGAGAUGAAAUUUGGGCAAGAUUCAAAGCAAGUCGAUCAGAAGAAGUGGAAGAUAUUCAUUGUAAAAUGAUGAAAAACUAUGAAGGUUGUACAAAUUAUAAUUUGUCCAUGAUAUUAUGUUAUGUAGCUGAGGCUCACUUGCCUUGGUGGGGAUUAUUACUUUCUGUUGGUCUGGCAAUAACAAUGGUGUUGCCUAUUGGUAUAAUUCAGGCAGUUUCUAACAAUCAAGUUGCAAAUGUUUAUUUUAAAUGUUAUGGAUAUAUGGCAAUGCAUCAAUGCCUUGCAUUCGUUUCUGAUUUAAAAUUAGGUCAUUACAUGAAAAUUCCACCUAAAGCAAUGUUUACAGCACAAUUAUGGGGCACAGUCGUUGGUGCCUUUAUUAAUUAUUGGCUUCUACAAUUGAUUAUAUGGGCUAAACGACCUUAUUUAGAUGGAACUAUUAAAGAUCCUACUGGUCAAUGGACUGGAUUUAGAUCACAAGUUUUUAAUACAGCAUCAAUUAUAUGGGGAUUAAUAGGACCUGGAAGGACAUUUGGACCUGUGAGAUUUAUUUCACCAUUUCCAUUUUACUUUUUACAUAAAAAAUAUCCCAAGGCUCGUUUUAAUUUAGUCACAAUCCCAUUGAUUUGUAAAGGUUUAUCACUUCUUCCAGGAACAUACACUAAUUUCUUAAUAUCAGGAUUUAUUGCUAGUUUUUUAACAGCAUGUGAUAGUGCAUCACAGAUAGUGACAAUGGUUAUAUUCUUUUGUUUCAAUGGUUUAUUUUCGGUUAAUUGGUGGGGUAAUAAUUAUGAAACUCAAGGUGAAAGAUGUUUUGAGCCUAAGACAUAA